AUGGCACACAACCGCAAGACAAUCCUCCUCGAUGAGGGGUGGCCACAUAUGAUGGCCGGCUUCGAAAAGCUCAAGCUCAUCCUCGCCGGUGAACCCGGCGUCGCCUUCGCCUCCGACGAGUACAUGCACCUCUACACCAGUACAAUAUACAAUAUGUGCACGCAGAAGCCUGCGAAUGACUACUCGGCCCAGCUCUACGAAAGGUACAAGGAGCUUUUGGACGGCUAUAUCACUGCCACUGACAAGCACGGUGAGUUCCUGCUGAAGGAACUGGUGUUCAGGUGGAAAAACCAUAAGCUAAUGGUCAGGUGGCUCAGCAGGUUUUUGACAACCAUAAAAGCAACAGUGACAUCGAUUCUGAUUGCCAUGGUUGAUGAGGAUAGGGAAGGACAGAUUAUAGAUCGUACUCUUGUCAAGAAUGUUCUUGGAUGA